GUUUGCUUUGAUAAUUUGUUAUUACCGCUGUAACAUUGAGCGCUCUCUUUAGAAAACAGCUGAUUAAUUGAUAUAGCGCUUAAUUAUUUGAUUAUUUUCAUCAACACCAAAAUAAAUAACGUUACUGCGUUAUUAUAAGCGGAUCAUAGACGCAAAUAAUUUCCUAUGACAAACUUUUAUCAGUUGUUUUAAUAAUUCCGGUAAUUCUAGGAGAUAUAAAUGUGAUCACAUGAGCUCAUGUAAUUGCGUUAAAUUAAACGUUACGUUAAUCCGUUUGAACGCGGAAGAACAGAUGACAUAAUCAAAGCGAACUUCAGGGAUUCGAGACAUUUGUUCCGAACACUCGGUCAGGAAUGUCUGGAGAAAAGUGUGACUCUGGUGAUAAUCAAGAUUCUUCUGGCGACUGUGUUGAACAAACUUGUGUUUUCUGUAAAAUCGCAAACAGGGAUGAUCCAUCCACUGAGAUAUUGGCGGAAGAUGAGGACAUUGUUUGUUUCCAGGACAUUGAUCCAGGUGCACCUCAUCACUACCUGGUUAUACCAAAGAAACAUAUCCAUAGCUGUUUGUCACUCCAAGCAGAUGAUAUAAAUCUAGUGAAGAAGAUGGCAGAUAUGGGAAGAGAUGUACUGAAAGCCAAGAAUGUCACAAAUUUGGAAGACAUCAGUCUAGGUUUCCACGUGCCUCCUUAUAUCACUGUUCCGCACCUGCACCUCCAUGUUCUAGCACCUUUCAGUCAGUCGUUUAAAUGGUCACGGUGCAAGUAUACAGACAUCUGGUACCUCACUGAGGAGACGCUGCUUAAGAAACUGAUGGGGGAUAAAAAAAGAAAACAAUGGAGAUGUAACAAUUGCAUGCUGCCUUGUGUAGCUUUGUGAGCCUUAUUAUUGAACAAAAAACCUGAAAUCACAAGGCACUUUUUUUCAUUUUCAUAUUUUUAUAUUUUUUUAUAUAAUGCUAACAUAUUUUAAAAACUGGGAUGGUAUCCUUAGAACUGAAAUUUACUAUUUAUAACUAAAGUGUAAUCUAAACAGUAACAUUUUUGUGUGAUUGAUUAUAUAUGUUAGUACACAUUUUACAUGCUAUAUUGUGAAAGA